CUGCCGUCGUCAAAGGCUUACGGGUUGCGACAGAAUCUUCCGUGCUGAAGUGUGAUCGUCUUCCGUUCUAGCAUGGCAGCACUUCACCGGCCAUUACCAGACACAAUGAACAAUUGCUGGGUUCUCUCGUAUGUGCUGCUGCUGGUAUUGGUGCACAGCUCAUUUGCCUCCAAGAUACUGGUGAUCGCUCCGUCGCCGUCCAUAAGUCACCAGAAACCGUUUCAUAUCCUAACUGAGGCUUUACUUCAACGAGGUCACGAGAUCACUUUUUUCACUCCGAAUCCUCUAAAGGUAUCUCACGAGAAUCUCACGGAAAUUGACCUAUCUGCAACUUACAAAGUUCCCAAGGAGAUUAAUUUUGUGCUCUGGGCUUACAUGUCACCCGUGGAAACUCUGAACCUGCUUAUGGACUUAGGAGAUGACGCGGUUCGAAUGCAAUUGAGUGAGCCGGUGGUACAGGAUUUUAUAAGGAGAAACCACACUUUCGACCUGGUGAUCAUCGAGCGCCUGCAAUACCAUGCCUACUACGGGCUGGCCCACUUGGUCGGAUCGCCCCCUCUCGUCGGAUUUGUGACGCUGUCUGAACUCGCGCCCGUAUACCAUGCUUCGGGCAGUCCCAUGAACCCUGCCUAUCUGCCCGAAGUCUGGGUGGGCUUUUCCGAUCACAUGACCUUCUGGCAACGUCUGUACAACACGUACUUCUAUCUACGUGUCUAUUACAAGUGGUUCUGUGACGUAAUGCCAAAACAGGAGGCUGUGAUGCGAGAAUUCUUCGGAACGGAACCACCACCAGUUUACGAGACGGAGUACAACUUCAGCCUCCUCAUCACCAAUAACGACUUUUCCCUGGAGUACCCACGGCCACUGACGCCAAACAUCAUUGAAAUCAAUGGUAUCCACGUACGGUCGAAAGUCGAGCAGUUACCUGAGGAUGUCCAGAAGUUCCUGGAUGGAGCAGAGCAUGGCGUGAUCUACUUCAGCCUCGGUUCGAACGUGCGAAGCAAAGAUCUCCCACCUGAGAUGAUCCAGGACAUCCUGCAGGUAUUCAGACAGCUGCCACAGCGUGUGCUCUGGAAGUGGGAGAGCGACUCGCUGACUUCUCACCCAGAGAACGUCAUGACCAAAAAGUGGCUGCAGCAGCCAUCUGUACUGGCUCACCCCAACGUCCGCCUUUUCAUAACUCAGGGCGGCCUCCAGAGUAUGAACGAGGCUGUGUUCCACGCGGUUCCGUUAAUGGUCAUCCCGUUCUUCGCUGACCAACAGCAUAAUGCUGCAAAGGCUGUGCAAGCGCAGAUCGGCGUCUGGCUGGAGCUCCGAGACAUCACAAAAGACACAUUUCUACGUUCCAUACGUAUGGUUCUGGAAGACACAAAGUACAAGGAUAACAUGAAGCGACUGUCGGCCGUGUUCCGAGAGCACAGGGCGGACUCUCUGGAGCGGGCCGUGUGGUGGAUCGAGUACGUGAUCCGCCAUAAGGGAGCCCCUCACCUGCGCAGCGCCGCCCUCGACCUGCACUGGUGGCAGCUGAUGCUGCUCGACGUGGUCGCUUUCGUUCUGGCGGUCGUCGCCCUCACACUCUGCCUCGUCUACUUCGUCACGCGGCGGGCAGUCUCCUUCUUCAAAGGCAACAAACAGAAACGGAAGCAGAAGAAACAGUGAUGCACUGAAAAUGCAGUGCAGACAGUUCUAAUUAUCUGAACUUGGGCCUCGAACAUUUAUCGCCGUAUCCUCACAGAUACGUUGGUUUGAUGUGGAGACGCCAUUUCUGUGGAGUGGUAUGAUUCUCGUUCCACCAUUGGAACGACACUAUCGAAGUUACGCUGAUAUGUAUCAAAAGUGCAACUCAACCAUCUCCUGAUAGCAAUCUGGCAGCGGUUAUAAGUGGUGUCCAGCCGUGUUCGUCCAUCGCCUCCACACACAGUGAUGGUAAAUUCGGUGUAACAAAACUACACCGACAGACUUCGAAAGCACUGUGGAGAGUGUAUUCAGGCACAUAAAGAGAUUGAUCCGUAUCAUGAAACAUCCUCUAUCAUCGCUGAACAUUGACGGACCGCAAACUCGACUUCUAGCAGCUUGCUUGAGCGCAUACGCUACGUCAGACGGCUUCGAAUGCAUCCACUGCUGACGUAAUAACGCUGUAAAGACGGCGAAACGCCAUGGCGAACCUGUAGUGUAAAAUGGUUGACCUGCAACCGGCACUCGCCCUUGUGUGACAAAGCCCUGUAGCGCUGUGGAUCUCGUCCCCUGACAUGGGCUUCUGAUACUCAAUUUGUUCCUUAAGGAAUCUUCCACAAUCUUUCAAUGUUCGUCAAUAUCCUUUUUCUUAUACCCUUUAUGCAGAACUGGAUUGUACUGGAUAAACGAAUUUCUAAUUUAGGUAUUGAAAGUUU